AUGCCUCGUGCUCCUCGUGCCCACUCCAAGACCGCCAAGGUUCCCCGUCGUCCCUUCGAGUCGGGUCGUCUCGACAGCGAGCUGAAGCUCGCUGGUGAGUACGGUCUGCGCAACAAGCGUGAGAUCUGGCGCAUUGCCCUCACCCUCUCCAAGAUCCGUCGUGCGGCCCGUGAGCUGCUCAAGCUCGACGAGAAGGACCCCAAGCGUCUGUUCGAGGGUAACGCCAUCAUCCGCCGUCUGGUGCGCAUCGGUGUGCUCGACGAGACGCGCAUGCGCCUCGAUUACGUGCUCGCGCUCAAGAUCGAGGACUUCCUCGAGCGUCGUCUGCAGACCCAGGUGUUCAAGAGCGGCCUCGCCAAGUCGAUCCACCACGCCCGUGUGCUCAUCACCCAGCGCCACAUCCGCGUCGGCAAGCAGAUCGUCAACGUGCCCUCGUUUGUCGUCCGCCUCGACUCGCAGAAGCACAUCGACUUUGCCCUCACCUCGCCCUACGGUGGUGCCCGCGCCGGCCGUGUCAAGCGCAAGCGCGCUGCCGCCGCCGCCGCUGCCGCUGGCGGUGACGACGCCGAGGAGGAGGAGGAGUAA